AUGCCAUUGGGCAAAAAGGGCGAGCAUUUACCAAAAGCAAUAUCCUCCAGCAUCCUCUCUGAAGUGGGGAGCACAGGUAACAGAGCGACGGGACCAGGUUGUUGGGGGGAGAAAGUCAAGGAUAAAACCUCAGCACCAAGACGGAAGAGUGUCAGGGAGGACGGAGAGCAGCCUGAAUGGCUGGUUCGAGAGCUUCUGAGACAGAACGUCCGAAGACACUCUGUCACACUGGGAGAAGACGACGAAAUCAUGAGACGACAACACCACAGAAUUUGCUCCACUCGCAGACUGUGCAGCCUCAAGAUUGAUGAGACAUUAUCACUCGACCACCUCCAGAAAUUAAAACUAGCAUUUGAGGAAUUCGAAACAGAUGGCUUGAGAUCCAUUGAUGUGAAUCAUUUUGGACAUAUAGUGAAGAAGUGUCUCGGCCUGCCUAAGACAAGCAGUGAGCAGAUUCAAGGGUUAUUUAAGAAGAUUGAUUUUUCAGGCCAGGGAAAGAUUUCAUGGGGUCAGUUCUGCUCGCACACGCUGCAGAAAUACAAGGAGAAGCAGGAAACUGCAAGGCGCAGCAGACAGGUGGCGUUCACCCUGCCAGCCACGGUGAAGGCGCUGUGCCACGGCAUCCCCGUCGCCAACAUCCACUCCACCCAUGAUGGCACCAUGGUAUCAGUGGGAGAGGACGGGGUUGUAUGCCACUUGAGCCCUGAACUUCAACCACUCAAGACCAAAAGCAUCUUUAAUGAAGGACCUGCAAACAGGAAGUCGAAGUGGGCAAGUGAUUUUACUCUGAUGACCGAGUUAAACAAGCUGAUGAUUGGAACGGGGGACAGAGAGAUCCAAUUUUAUGAGCUUUCCACUCUGGAGCCUUAUUGCCAGAUCAACGCACUGGACACGGUGCCUUUGACAGUAGACUAUGGCAAUACUGGCCCUGAUAAAGGUUGUAUCCUGUAUGGAGACACAGAAGGAUGUGUGACUAUCUUUUUAAUAUCCUCCGUUGGCGAUACCCUCAGAUUAUGGAAUAAAUUACCAAAGAUUGAAAAUAUGCCCAACAUAGCGGCUGACAAUGCAGUGCUAUCUCCCAAUGUGACAUUUGUCAGAUGGAAGGUUCAUCACGACUGGGUGACAAAGGCAAAAUAUUUUCAGAGUUUCCAAGCUGUUGUCUCCUCAUCAAAUGAAGAACCCUCCUCCCUCGUUAUAGGCUGUGUGCUGCCUUUAACUGAUGCUGAGCAGCAGUUGAGUGAGAUCACAGAGGUCUGCUAUGAAGGUAAGACCAAGAAAGUCCAACUGAGCUGGACUGCACGGCUCCGAGCAUCAUGCGACCAGACAGUCUUCCCCGUCUACAAAGGUGUCAAGACCUUCGAUCUGUGUCGGAAGCACAGCUUACUGGUCACCGGCGGCAUGGACAGACUCGUACGCAUGUGGAACCCACAUUUCUCUGGGGAACCAACCGGUAUUUUGAAAGGCCAUUCUGCUCCCAUCGUCUCCCUCCACAUCUUGUCAGAGGACAGUCAGAUCUUGUCUGUCUCCACAGACAGCACAGUUAAAAUCUGGGAUAUUCAAGAUCAGCAUUGCCUGUUUACAGCAGACCUCAAAGCCAGCGGGAUUCAUGGCGACGUGUCUGCAUGCUCGUAUUCCUCUGCUCUGAAAUGCGUCUACAUUGCAGCAGACUGUAUGGCUGUGCUCUCCCUGAAGAUACGGCCACGGCUUCACAGCCGGCUGACUGUUUCACAUGAUGAGACUGUAAUGUGCUGCGGCUACAGUCAGGAGUUUCGUCAAGUUGUCAGCUGCACUGAGAGAUCUAUGGUGAAAGUCUGGGAUUUUGACACUGGGCAGCAGGUUUUUGAGUUUGGUGGCACAAAUGAUCUGUCUGCCACCACAUGCAUGACCUUUGACCCCAACGGGAGGAGACUCAUCACGGGUGGGAGAGAUGGUUGUUUGAAGAUCUGGAACUUCAACAAUGGUCAGUGCCUGAAGACACUUAAGAAGCAGGGUAAAUGUCACGAAGUGUGCGACUGCAUCUUCCUGCAAGUCAACAGGAAUUUCCAUGUGAUGUCUGUCGGCCGGGCCCGGAAGAUAGACAUUUACCCGGACACGCCCGAGGACUUUCAUCACAUCCAGAGACCGCAGCCUACAUGGCAAGAUGAUCUGGAAAAUGGCCAUAGGGAGGACAUCCUGUGUGUGGUGCACUGUCCCCCAUCACUCGUAGCCACCAGCAGCUAUGAUGGAGAGAUCAUAGUGUGGAACGUAGUUACUGGACGUGUACAAUGUCGGUUUUUCAGCCCUCCUCUCGCCGAAAAUCUGAAUGUUGAAGCGCUGGAUUUAAGUGUUCCCAGCAUCAUCUUCAUGAAGCACUCAAAGUUACACCACUUUUUUUCGGCAACAGCUCUGCUGUCUUCCGGAGCCGCGGGUUGUGUAAAUCUAUGGGACGUGCUCAGUGGAGGAAAAUGUGUGGGCAGCUUCAAAGCUUCUAGAUUUCAGCAAAAGAUUACAAAAAUGGCAAAAACCACCGAGGACACGUUGCUGUAUGCCGCAGACCGAAUUGGUUAUGUCUAUGUAUACGACAUAGAGAAGUUUGCCCCUGAGCAAAAAUCACCUCACGCUGAAAACUUCUGGCGUGCCCACACCGGCAGAGUCACCGGGCUGCAGAUUGUUGACAAUGAUCAAGUGGUGCUUACCUCAUCCUCUGACUACACCGUUCGCCUUUGGAGUGCACAUGGAGAAUUCAUAGGGACCUUUGGGCAGUCUGAAAGCUGGGGCGUCCACAUCUCCUCUUCUUGGAAACAUCCAGCUGUGCCCUACGAGGUGCUGAUUGAUCCUCUGAGUAUGCCUGAUCAUGAAAGUCUGACUUUCAACACACGUCUUUCUGAUGCCAUCAAUCCUGACAAGACUAGGGCGCAUGGAGGUGAAGCAAAGUCAGAGACUCACAGUAAGCUGAGACUUGCCCCAACAUCCAUCAGGGACACAAAGAUCGGGAAAGAUUAAAAGGCACAUUUCACCCAGAGGAACAGAUGAGUGUAGGUUCUGACAUGAGACUGACGGGCAUACUAACAAGCUACCCAACCACUACUCUCCGAAAGGCUUUGAUGCCGUGGAGCCACCAAGCACCAGUGUGAGACUGGACCUCUCGUUGGCAGCACUGAGGAGCUGGAGUCAACUGAAGAAGACAUGCCACUGUGUUGAUCACAUUGCACAUCACAUUUGAUGUUGAAACAUGUUGGUAAUUUCAAUGACAAUCUAUAGAUUUCCACAUAUUUUUCAAUUUUGUAAGGACGUGUGCACCUCUCACAGAAAUGCAGACCCAAGGCUUUUAUCACGCAGAAACAUUUCAUUCGCAAGCAGUCCUGAACCAGAAAAUCUGACUGUUUUUUUGUAAAAUCAAGGAUCACCCUCCACAAAUGUGCCCUUUCAUUUACAAUCACAGUAGAAAAAUCCUUGGUGACACUGACUUGAUUAUCUUGUUCCUAGCUACGGGAGACACAGAGUUUAUGUGCAGAAAUCUGGCGUGUCCUGUCAAUGUGCACUUGAAUAAAUGCCACUUGGCCGGG